AUGGCCGUCACACACCACAAUCCUGCCCUGGCCGUUCAGCAACUGCACAAGGAGACGUUACAGAAACAAAGUGAGAAACUGGUAGUAAAUACCAUCCUGAUAAAGGAGAAGGUGAAGCAGUUUCAGUUGGUUGAUCGCUACACAGAGCUAACAAUCAUUUCUGAUGUACGUGAUCGGGAUCUGGUAGAACAUGAGCUGCUGGUGAGAGGCAGAGACCACGAGGAAUGGAGACAGAAGCAACUCCGGGGAGAGCUGGAAAAAAUCCGAACUGAUAAACUUUUCCACAGCAGCUUCUCUAGAGGAGGACUAUUUUCCCGGAUGAAAAAAUUCUACAAAAGAAGUAGCUCUGGCACUUUCACAGGCACUUCUGCAGUAGUGAGUGGAGUGGCUGGGAUUGGAAAAACAACCAUGGUGCAAAAGAUUGUCCAUGACUGGGCCACAGGAAAAAUCUAUCCUCACUUCCACUUUGUUUUUAUUUUGAAAUUUCGAGACCUAAACACUCGUAACAUCAGAUUAACACUGAGACAGUUAAUCUUGGAUGAAUAUCCGUACCUGAAAUAUGUUCUGGACGAGCUGUGGAAACACCCAGAGAGAUUGCUCUUUAUAUUUGAUGGUUUGGAUGAAUUCAGGGGAAGCAUUGAGUUCGCUGACAGUUGGAGAGAAGCAGAGUCUCAGAGCAGAUGCACAGACCCCGGUUUCUGGUGUGACGUGUCUGAAAUUGUGUACAGUUUAAUACAGAAAAAGCUGCUGCCAGGCUGCUCAGUGCUGGUGACCAGCCGCCCCACUGCAUUACAGUUACUGGCAAAGGCUCAGGUCAGUGUCUGGGCUGAAAUCCUGGGAUUUGUGGGUGAAGAGAGAAGGGAAUAUUUUCACAAGUUUUUUGAAGAUCAGGAGGUGGCGGCUGCUGUUUACAGCCACGUGGAGGAGAACGAGCUCCUGUUCACCAUGUGCUACAACCCGUCCUACUGCUGGAUCCUCGCUCUGUCUCUGGGUCCCUUCUUUACACGGAAACACAGCAACAAACAGCGAGUUCCCAAGACAGUCACACAACUCUUCUCCUAUUAUAUUUAUAACAUACUAUCACAUCACAGUGUCAAGAUGGAAAGCCCCCGUGAUGUGAUGCUGAAGAUUGGUGAGAUGGCCUUCACUGGAGUCUCCCAGAGAAACAUUGUCUUUAAUGAUGAAGAUCUGAUCAAAUAUAACCUCCAGCCUUCCCAGUUCCUCUCUGGCUUUCUCAUGGAACUUGUGGAGAGAGAGUCUUCAGAGCACAGCGUGGUCUACACAUUCCCGCACCUCACCAUCCAGGAGUUUGUAGCCGCACUCGCUCAGUUCCUGUCUCCAAAUCCAGGAAAUCUGAGGAAACUCCUAAAUGAAGCUCACAGGGAGGAGGACGGCCGGUUUGAGAUAUUCCUGCACUUUGUUGCUGGUCUCUCCUCCCCACGGGCAGCUCAGCCACUGGAGAAGUUUCUGGGGCCAUUUGUCCAUCAGACAACCUGCGCGGUGAUCGAUUGGCUGAAGGAGAAGGUUAAAGCUCAGAUCAGAGACACAGACACCGUCACUGGGAAAAGGAAGCUGCUGAACACACUCCACUACCUGUUUGAGUCUCAGAAUCAAGCCCUGGCACAGCUCACACUGGGCUCUGUACACACACUGACAUUUGGUGACUUCUCUUCAGAGAAAGCAUUGAGACUGACACCGAUAGACUGUGUUGUGGUGUCUCAGGCCAUUGGACUGUGUGACACAAUAAAACGACUCAAUCUGAGGAGUUGCUACAUUCAGGAGGAGGGUAUUCAGCGUUUGGUUCCUACUCUGCACAAGUGUCAGAAGUUGCAGUUGGUGGACAAUAAUCUGGGAAAUUGUGGAGUGAAACGACUGUGUGAGGCUCUGAGGAACCUGGAGUGUAAAAUACAGAGUCUGGAGUAA